UCUGCAGAAGUACAAAGAAGAAGAUCGCGAAUUUAGUUUGUAACAACAUAUGUUUUGAUAUUGCGCUAAGAGAUUUAAAAUGUCGGAGGAAACAGUGACUGGAACCAAACCAGCCAGCAGUUCGACCCUAACAACAGCACAGCGUGCGCGCAUCGAGCGUAAUCAGGCCAAGGCAAAAAAGCUACGGGAGGCCAAGCUCGUGUCGCAUCCCUAUAAGAAUGCAAAAAACAAUGGCAACGAAGAGUUGCCUGUUGCUGGCCAGGACAAUGCCGUCAUAAAGGUGCAGGGCAGCAAAUUCAUCGACACAGGAGGUGGCUUCCUCUUGGAGCAGCCUGUCAUCGCUGGGAACAACGCGCCGACGGGCGCGUCGUCAGAGGCGGCUGUCAUCGAGGACGCCAUCGCCAUACCCGUGGUCUAUGAAGAGUGCCUGGACUGUGGCGAUCAGUAUGCCGACUCGUAUUUAUUCAACAAUUUCGGGCAUUCCGUGUGCGACAAGUGCCGGGACAACGAGGAGCGCCACUCUCUGAUCACACGCACUGAGGCGAAGGCCGAGUACUUGCUCAAGGAUUGCGACUUUGAUAAGCGGGAGCCGGUGUUGCGCUACAUAAGCCGCAAGAAUCCGCACAAUGUGCGUUGGGGCGAAAUGAAGUUAUAUUUGCAUCUGCAGGUGGUGCAGCGCGCCAUGGAGGUGUGGGGCAGCGAGGAGGAGCUGGCGCGCCAGCACGAGCUGCGCGAGGACAAGCGCGUCCUGGGCAAGACUCGCAAGUACAACAAGGAAAUGAAGCAGCUCCGCAUGGAGGUCCGAAGCAGUAUUUAUACUAAAAAAACGAAGGGUGUCCAUGUUCACGAAUUCGGUCCCGAAACGUACAAUGAGGCCGAUGACACCUAUACACAUGCCUGCUUGACUUGUCCGUACACAGAAACAUUUGAGAAAAUGUGAGAGCGUUUUCUGAAAGCUCUGUCAUUUAAAAUCAAUAUUCAUA